AUGGACGCGCAUCCGCUGAGACUACCGGCGUGGAAGUGGGAGCAUGAAGCUGGAAGCAUGCAAGUUCCCCCAACGGGCAGACAUCGGGCAGACCUGGAUUGCUGCUGGACUGGGGGUGCUCUGUCCUCGGUCUUCUCCACCUUCCCGUGGACAAGGAUCCACGUGCUCCGCAGACAAUGCACGGGCAGCUUGACACCUGACGGUCGGUUUCUGGACCAGGUUCGUGGAUGCAGACGUAUGACUCUGUUCGAUGCUGUCUUGGAACAGGAUAUGUUCCGGUGUGUUGAGCUUUGUGCGGGGAUUGCGUGUUCCAGUUUGGGGUUGGACUUGGCUGGGUUUCGGCAUGUCUGCAGCGGUGAGUGGCGUUCCCCUUUUGUGGACUUGCAUCGGGCAAGUGAGUGUCCUUGUGGAUGUCGCCGAGCGUUCAGUGAGUCUUUACUGCGACAGCGACGUGUUUAUGCCCAGCUCAUUCAGUUGCAUUCUGCCGCAGGUACCAUUGGAUAUCGUCAUUUGCAUCCGAUUGAAUUGGCUCUCCUGAAUGCCAUGUUGCCACCAGCAGCCUGGAUGUCCCAUGAUCGUCCCAGUUUGCGACUUUGCCUGAGCGCCAUUGGCCAGUUGGCGUCACCAAUGCAAUCUGUUUGGAUUGGGUCUUGUGUCAUGCAACAGCUUUGCACCGUUCUGGAAUUGCCCCCUGUCAGUCCUUUUGAAAAGUUGUGCACCCUCAAGAGCCAACUAUUUGGAUUUGCCCGGGAUUUGUUUCCUAGCCUCGCAAAAGACCCGACGCCAGUUGCCUGGACUACCUUGACUUAUCCCGAUGGUACCCAGGUUCGUGUGCAGGUGCAGCCUGAGACCACUGUGAUUGAGCUUUUUCAGGCCGAGUUGGCUUUGUCCCAAGAUGCCACCUCUGACCAGUGGAUUGAUGCGUCUACUGGGAACCAGUUGGACUAUUCCACAUGUGUUGCUGGGUUGACCAUUUUGGUGAAAGGUGAUCGUCAUUCUGCCUCUGCUUCCUCCUCUGGACUUCCUCCAUGGACUUCUGAUGUGACCCCGAUCCCAGUUCUUUUUGAAGACCCUGAACAAGAGGACACCCUGGAAGACACUGAAGUACCCCCGGUCAUUUCUGAGACUGCUGCAGAACGUUGGCUUGCUCCUGUGCCGUCUGUUGGACUUGGACUUGAGGUUGCCUCCACUGCUUCGGCUGAUCCUGGCCACAUCAUGGAUGCUCUUCCUGGUCUUCGCCACCUGUCUGGUGCCCAAUUGGUUGCUCUUGUGCCGCCUUUGGUGUCUGAUGUGUCCUCUUGUGCUAUGUUCCGUCGAACGGUUGUGUCCCUGGAAGCUAGACUUGCUGUGCUGGCCAAUGAAGAACUUGCCAUGGGUGACGAUGAGCUCAACCUCCAUUUGAUGGCUUGCAUCAAGUUGAGUGGCCGAACGGAUGUGCAAUACCUUGAUCCGUUGUUGGCAGGGAUGGAUGGCAAACACCUUGGUCUUUCCAUGAUUGUCACGGCCGUCCUUGUCCAAGGUCAUUGGAUGCCCAUUGUGUGGACUGCUGGAAUCUCGGAUGUCCAGGUUGCAAUGUGGGAACAUGCCGACGUUGAUGUUGACUGCUUGAACCCCCUCCAUGGACUUCUGAGCGCUUCGUGGGGUCGUCCGAUGUUUGGGUUAGCCUGUACCCGUCGGUCAUUUGCACGUGGCUUGUGUGGUGCUGCUUCUGUUGCGUUCGUGUCCCAUCGGCUGCUUGGUCAUGAUUUGCCCAGUUCUGAGGCUGCAUUGAUGUCCCUACACCAAGAUUUGAAAGCUAGCUUUGCUGACACUUGCCGCACUGCACCAGUGCUCCUCAAGCCGUGGUGUUGGGGAUUUGGCCAAGCUGAUGUCAUUGGACUCACCAGCGAGUUGCUCCAAACACACGGAGUCCCUGCAGGACAAGCCAUGCUCAGAGCCAAGUUGGUCGUUCAGUCUCUAGGCAAACUUGAAGUCCAAAAAGCGGUCCUUGGAAUUGCCCCCUGGAAAUCCCUGAAGGUGUUGGCAAACAUGCAAACGCCACCAUUGCAGAUGGUCCUGCCGGAUGAGCAAGCUCAACAUGGAGCAGCCAAGCAACCGUUGAAAGGUGGAGGGAAGCCCAAGAAGCCGCCUCAAACCAAGAAAGUGAUGCCGUCCCGCCCUGCUGACCUCGACCCCAGCAAGCUGCAACUUGAACCUGGGGCGUUUUGUGUUGGUCAAGAUGAACCUGUGUGCCAGAUACCUUUUGAGAAUUUCGGUCCUCUGGCUGUUGGAGUUGCCUUGGCCACGUACCAAGACGCCUUGCCUUUCCUACAGGCGGGGCAGUUGUUGACAAACCAUGGCCUUGCCUUGUUGGUCUUGAAUCCCCCUGGUGAUGUGUCAACUGCUCUUAUCUGGUCCACUGUCAGGUUUGCAGCUAGAUGCAGCAUGAACCAGGAACCCAUGAUCGUGUCCGGUCUCCUUGUCCAAUUGGGUCGAGCCUGUGUCUACCAGUUCACGGCCAAAGACACACCUGCAGUUGUUGCCACAGAAGCUGCCUGUGCUCGCAUCACUGUCUAUCAGGACCAGUGGGAGAAUGACUGGGAGGACUUUGCCAAUCGUCCUGUCAAACAUGUCUUGUCAGUCCUUCAGUGUCUGCAGACCUGCCGAAAUGGUGACCAAUGCACUUGCCCAUGCUGGCACCCCAAGCCAGAUCAACCGCCAGACGCAGUACUUGAUGUGUUUCGCCGUCAGUUCUUCACUGAGACCGGUCGUCCUGUCAAAUGGGAUAAAGCUGCCUACUUUGCCUUUUUUGUCAGGUAUGUCAAGAGCCUCGAGCAUGGAGUUUUGACCAGCAGCGGCCUGCAUGGGAUCUAUGUUGAACCCAAGACUGAAGAUGCCUUGCGCCCACAUGAAGACUACCAAGUUGUCUGGCUUCCUCAAUUGGAUUUUGGGUCAAUAGUCCACCGAGCCAAAUGUGAAGUCGAUUGCCUUGGACUUGCUAGGACAGGCAAAAGGUAUGGACUCCGAGUACAUGUCCAGAAGUUUCAACAGCUGUUCCGACGAGUCAAGCCAGACGCAGUCUACUUAGCACCAGGGACCAGAACUCUGUAUCACUGUGGACCAUGGCCAUUUGGCAGCGACCGCAAAAGUGUGGCCAAAACCCUGAAGGCCUGCAAUUGGGAGUGUCGACCGCUCCAGCCGGUCCAACAUGUGUCAGGUGGUUUGAUGUGGUCUGUCCAGGCCGUGGAUGAGCCUCCGGUCCGUGUCUUGUCGAUGCAACAUGGCCAAGUUGUUAUCACAUGCCCUGAUCAGAAAACUGCGGCCCCUGCCAUGCCAGAUCAGGUUGUGGGCCAUGCCAGCACGUUGGACUUGUGCCGUCAGACAGAUGCAGCCGGGCAAGACCCGUGGCUGACCAACGACCCCUGGUCCAAAGCCGUCAGCAAUGUUUCACCCAUGCCUGCUGGACCACCAGCUCAACCGGUGCUGCAAGAACUGGAGCAGCGCAUAGAGCAAAGCAUUCUCUCUCGAUUGCCUGCCACAGACAAGAUGGAAGUUGAUGACCAGGAUCAACGACUUCAAAUGUUGGAAGCCCAGGUGCACCAGCUCACUACCAGACAGGCCAGUUUGGAAACCACGGUGCAGGACAAUCACCAACAGAACACAGCCCAAGUGCAGUCUCUCCAGCAGCAGAUGAAGGUUCAGCUUGACUUGCAGACGCACCAGAUGCAAUCGAUGCUGACGGACCAGAUGGCCAGAAUUGAGACAAUCCUGGCUAAGAAGGUGACCCAGGGGCGACCUCGCUCCAUCCGGGCGUUUUUGAUGUUUCUUUUGGUUUUGACUUCGUGCCGCAUUGGUGAAGCACGAGUUCCAGGUCCUGAUGACUGCACAUGGAAGUUGGGGUGUUGCAACCCGUCAGGGCUGCAGGGUAAACACCAUGUGCUUAGUGGCAUCAAGGCCGAUGUCCUCGCAGUCAGCGAGACGCAUUUGACAAAGCAGGCCAAGAUUGGUCUUUCGCACAGUUUUCGGUCUCACCAGUCUCAGUACAAACAUGUACUUGCCGGAGCACCCAUGGCUCCACGUUCCAGUGCAAGCGAUGCCGGGCAAUGGGCGGGAGUGGCUUUCACUUCAUCUUGCCCUUGCCGAACGUUGGCCACACCUUGGCCCAGUGACUUGUAUGAAACUGGCCGACUUCAAUUCGGCGCAUUCUACACACCGGCUGAUUGGAUUUCAGGUGCUGUGGUUUACGGGUAUCCUGAAGGCCGUAGCCACCCCCAUGCGCAUAGCAAAACAGAAGCCAUUUUGGACUUUGCUUGGACUCGACUUUGUGCCCAGCCAGGGCCUCGGUUGGGCUCAGUGAUUGCCUACAUGGAAUUGGCUUAUGGAAUUCAAUUCUUCGAGCCCCUGGAUUUGGCUCAUCCUUCAGUCAGUGGUGGCCUUCUCUUGGUCUUUCGUGAUGUCGCUCGACCCUCAGCUGAACCUGUGGAAUCGAUCUUGCACAAGGUUGAAGUCCGGGUGUCUUGUGUUGAUCAUGCUGAUUGUGCGGUUGAGUUUGAGUCCCCCGUGCAGUUAGAUCCUUCUCAGCCCCUUUGGAUUUCGGGGCAUGCACAUGACAUAGUCCAUGCAGAGCAUGACAAAGCUUGGCUCCAAGAUGUCUCUGAGGUUCAUGCUCAGGAUCCAUGUGUUCAGUCACAGCUUGUGGGUGACCUCCAGACUCUGUUCGAAGCUUUCCAUGAACAAUGGCGUCGUCGGUGGUGCAAACAUGAUGGUGUGCCUUUUGACCGCUGGACUGAGCUUUUGGACUUUGCCAAGCAGGUCGUCAGACCCACGGUUACCCCUCACCUUGCGGUGGACUCCACCCUUCUUCAUGCUGAAGUCCUCAGAAAGAAGAAAUCGGCUGCCACAGGUUUGGAUGGCGUCAGCAGACAAGAUUUGGUCCAAGCCGAUGCUGCGACGCUUCACAGCUUGACUCUGAUGUUCCGUCGCGCUGAACAUGAUGGCGUGUGGCCAGCUCAACUGAUCGCUGGAAAAGUCCACUCACUUGCCAAGACCGAGCAUGCUGCCGGUGUUGGGGACUACAGACCCAUCACCAUUUUUGGUUUGUCUUACCGAGUUUGGAGCAGCAUCCAAUCUCGGUACUUGUUGGACUUUGCUGACCAGUGGGUUGAUGACAGUGUUUUUGGGAACCGUAAAGGGAGGCAGGCCUCUGAACUCUGGAUGCAGUUGCUCGUUGAGAUUGAGCAGGCCUAUACCUCCUCUCAAGGGGUUGCUGGGGUGGCAGCAGAUAUUGAGAAGUGCUUCAACUGCAUUCCACGGUUCCCAGCCCUGUGUUUGGCCGUGUUGGUUGGAACCCCCCAUGAAGUCACAACUGCUUGGAGCGGUGCCCUUGCCAAUAUGUGUCGUCACUUCAAGGUCCGUGACUCCUACUCCCAGGGCUUCUUGACUUCCACUGGUCUUGCGGAAGGUUGUGGGUUGUCGGUUUAUGGCAUGCUGCUGAUUGACCACCUCUUUGCCUGUUGGAUGAGGUUCCAAGCACCCUCAGUGCGUUGUCUGACCUAUGUUGAUGAUUGGCAGACUUUGACAUCUGAUGCCGCAGCUGCCAUUCGACAGCUGGCCCUCCUCGAGCAGUUUGCUGGAAUGGUUGACUUGACCAUUGACCGUAGAAAGACUUUUGGUUGGGCCACCUGCCCCGACAUGCGACGGCAGCUCAGUCACUUUGGAGUUUCCCGGCAGUACACCAACCGUACUCUGGCCCAACGUAUCUCUGACCUUGAUGGAUUUUGGAGCAAGCUGAAAGCCAGCCGGGCUAAACAUGCGGCUAAAAUUUUCAUGUUGCGUGCUGUCGCCUGGCCCCGUGGGCUCCAUGCUGUUGCCAGUGCUCCCGUUGGAGACCAAACGUGGCUUGCCCUUCGUCGCAGUGCUGUCAAAGCCCUUGGAUGGCAGAAGCCUGGCAUCAACCCAGCCGUUCUUUUGAGUUUGGUUGAAUACAUGGUUGACCCUCAAUUUACGGCUAUUGCUUGGACUAUUUGGACUUUCCGCACUGUUCGAGUUCAUUGUUCCCCUGACUUCUGGGCUGUCAAUGUUGCUCCGUUGGCCCAUGGUGAUUUGGACUUACCCCCGAAUUCUCCUGCGUCCAUUGCCCUGGCGCGAGCCCAAUCCCUUGGUUUGUCAGUUGAGCGAAGUGGCCGAGUCAGAGACCAGUUUGGGUCCUUUUGCCUCCAAACCGGCAAUAUGGCUGAGAUUGAUUUGCGGUUGCAGUGGGCUUGGAAGUUGGUUGUCUCCCAAAAGGUGGCUCAUCGUUUGGACUUUCAUGGACUUUGGCAGGUGGACUUAGCUGCCACGAGGAGAGCCUUGACCAUGUUAGGCCCUGAUGAUCAGGCUUUGUAUCGGCUUGGACUUGCCGGUGGGCUCUACACUGAGAGCUAUAAGGCCAAGUGGACUGACCAGGCUGACAGUUGCCCAUGGUGUGGCCAACAAGACACCCUGCGGCACCGCUUUUGGGAGUGUCCCCAACAUCAGGAUUUGCGGGUUGAACUUGCCCCGGAUGUUCUCCCUCUCCUGGAGGAUCUCCCUCCUGUUUUGGCUUUGCGUGGUUGGGCUGUUUUGCCGCCCACUUGGCAUUCCUGGACUCAGUUGUUGGUGGAUUUACCUCCGUGCCCUUCUGGAUUUGGGGUUGUCUUUGCCAAGGGGGUCUGGAACGAUGUGUUCACUGAUGGUUCCUGUCUGUGUCAGGCGUCACCCCUUUAUCGAUGUGCUGCAUGGUCUUCGGCACUGGUUCCUCCGUUUGGGUCCGAUUGGGUGCCAGGGGGGGUUCAGGUUGUUGGCGCCUCUUACCUUCCCGGCCUGUGCCAGACAGCAUUCAGAGCAGAGUUAUACGCCGUUGCCCACACUCUUCAUCAAGCGGCUGAACAGGAUGUUGCAGUUCGUAUCUGGACAGACUGCAGGGGAGUGAUAGCCCGGUUUUCACUGCUGGUUUGGGGCCAUAAGCGAUUGAAGGUCAACGCGAGCAAUGCCGACCUUUGGCAGUGGAUCUUACAAUCAGUUGAGCGAGUUGGUCGACAUCGCAUUGACCUUCGCAAAGUUCCAGCACACAGACGACUUGCCAGUGCCACGUCUCGUUUUGAGGCCUGGAUGUUUUUCCACAACGACUAUGCUGACAGAGCAGCCCGGUACUCGAAUCAGUCGAGGCCUCCGGAAUUCUGGGCGCUAUGGGAAUCCCAUGUUCAGGCGGUUUUUGCUGCAGACAGGAUUUUUCAGCAGGUCAAGGAACUUCAUUUGGCUGUGGGGAGGCGACAGGUCCAGGGCAGUGUCAAUUCUUCCGGAGAACCUGCCUCUGGACCUGUCCGCCAAACCAGAGAAUUUGUUGCUCACUUUGAGCUGGGCUCUUGGGAUGGUCGUUUGCAGCCACGUGUCGCCCGCCUUUUUGGCACUACAAUCAUACAGCGUAUUAGCAAUUGGUUUUUUGCUAGACUGGCUGUGGGGACGGCCGAAAUUGGUUGGGUUACAUUUGCGCAGCUGUACCUGGACUUCCAACUUACGUUUGGACACCCGGGACCUUUACGGGUGCGACAGCAAUGGGUGGACGUGGACCAGCGGCCCUACAUCACUGCUGAGUCCUACACUUUCAAACAACGCACCAAAUGGUUUCGACAGUGUCUGAAGCAUCUGUGGAAGGAAGCAGGGGUCCAGGUCGCUAUGGACCAAUGCCGCCCUGCGUCGCCCACAAUCCAGGUUUUUUUGCCGGCGGCUUCACUGCCUUGGGAUGCCUUUGCGCUCGCAGAGGUUGACCGCUGGUUGGGACGACACCUCACUGAUCCCUGUGUGCGUAGUGCGGAAGCACUUUGCAGCCUGCCUGUGGCUACCCAAAGUGGCAGCAUGCGGCUUGCACUGUAA